AUGGUGAUGUCCGACUUCACCACGUUAUUGAGCGGGCUCUGGUUUCAGGGUGUGACGCCGCACCAAUACCGGCGGGAGAUGCGGCGCGACUUGUGCGCACACGCGACCGGAGAUCUCAUUCAGCAGUUGGAAGCGCUGGGGAUCGAAAUUCCCCCGCAGGACGCAGGUCGGGUAACAGAGGGGGGGGCAGUGGUGCGGGAGAGGAACGCUGGUAUGGAAGAUGUGAGGCAAGCACCGGUCACUCAAGCCGGGGAUGACGCACGGGUAACGGCGAUGAUGAGGGAAAUGGCGACUUUGAAGAACGAUGUGAUGUACCUGGACGCGAGCUUCACCGUCAUAGCCAGUUUUGUGGGAUUGAGGCGCGACGAGGUGGUGUCCGCUGCAACCCAACUACUGAUGCAAGGCAACCCCGUGAGAUCCGGCGCGAAAGCAGAGGCAGGUGGCACCAAGAAUGCCCCACACACUCCACAGCGUCCAUCUGGUCGCAAGAGGCGUGAUGACAGCAGUCCAGAGGAGGGUGGCGUACGCAAUGCCACCCGUGUUGCGCUGGCCUCCUCGUUCGCUGCAUGUGAUCCGACAGCGCGCUUGCUGCAAAACCCGCUGCUGUCGGGAGGGACCAUACCUCACUGGAUGUUCACCCGCAGGAGACCGCUGCUCGGGGUGACGGUGCCGGCUGGAGCUGAUGCGUGGGGAGAUACGAGCGGCCACGAGACGGUGAAGGCAGAAGAAGAAGAGGAUCUCGUGUCAGACACGGAGGACGAAGAGGAUGGUGACGACACGUGUGCAACGAAGUACACAGGAGUCAAGUUGGAGAAAGCAUCAGGCAAGUUCGGCGUGAAGAUCCUGAUCAAGGAAGGAGGAAAGCGUAAGCAACAGCGGCUGGGUGCAUACACCUCGGAGGAGGAGGCGGCUUUUGCGUACGCCGCAGGUGCGUUCGUCCUGAGGCCACGAGACAAGAUACCCAACACGGUCAGUCUGUCAGCCGCAGAGAAGGCGAUGCUGCGUGGAUGCACCAAGGAAGAUCUGCAGCUCCUGGUGGAAGCGCGGAGGUGCACUGGUGCAGAGAGUGCUUCAUCGUCCGAGCGCAAUGAAGAGGAUGGCGAGGCAGACUCAGACACAUCGGCCUCAGCCUCACCCGAAGAAUCCGGCGAACCUGCCACUGGAGGGAAGACGGCCGACGAUGGGUGUGCGGGAACCGCUUCACCCAAAGCAGACGGGCGCGAAAGUCGGGGCGCGGGGGAGACGGAUGUGUUUCGGGGCGAAGGCCGAGGACAUGUGGACGGGCAUGUGGACCGCGCAUGCGGGACCCCAGUGGACACCGACGGCGAUGACGUGCGCAUCUCGAGCAGGGUUCUCGAGCAACUCAUCCGGGCUCAGGACAGGAGCGCCAAGGAGAACGCGCGGUUGGAGGCGCUGUUCUUGAAUGCAAUGGCGCAGCCUUCUGGUGGAUCUCGUAAGCGUAAGGCUCGGAAGCAGAGAGACCCGGAGCAGGGGUGCAUGAACCCGAAGCGUCAGCGUGGCGAGACAUGGAGCGGCGGGUCAGACGAUGACGGAGAGGACGACGAGGAAGAUACGCAUGGUUCUGGUGGUCGUCAUAUGCGCACUACAAAGUCUCCUAUUCUGCAACGAGCGUUGGCGCAUCUGCCGACAGACAAGGCGUAG